CGCCGUGCAGGAUUUAAAAGUGCGCCAAUUUGGUGGCGCAUUGCGGUUGCGUUUUUCAUUUCCAUUCAUAUCGCUUUUCUUUGCCACAAUAGUUCGUUGUAGGUUGUUCGAGUUCUUGCGCCUCAGCCUGUUGCAUAUACUACAUACGUACACAAAUAUACACUAUUUUUUUUCAAUAAACGCGUUUUCUUUUGGCACGUUGCGUGGGCGCUUCAGGCAAUUGGCAACACGCGUGCGUGUGUAUGUGUGCUAGUGCGCGCGCGAGUUUGUAUAUUUAUAUAUAUAUAUAUGUGUGUGUGUUGUGUCGCUGCUAAUGCGUUGAGCGUCUAAUUAAAACAACAACAACAGCAACAACCACGCCACAACUGAAAAAUCAACAGUAAAUGCAACAACAACAACAACUUUGACAAAACCACAACAAAGUGCUAUCGAUGAAAAGCAAUAAAUCCCCUCAUUCACAAAUUGGAACAACGUACGCAGCAGCAGCAGCAGCAACAACAACAACAACAACUCUGUAAGCAACAGGUGUUUGCUGGCAUUUUCAUGUUGUUGUUGUUUUCCGUUUUUUCCUGCGUUAUUCAGUCUUGCAGUCCCCCAGUCCUCCAGUCUGCCCAACAGAUUCAGAUUCACGUGAGCUGCGGACUCUCGGCCGAGAGCAUUCGGCAUGGAAUUGGCCUAUUUAGGCAUUCAGCGCCACACGGCCCAAAACUAAAAUAAGACUCAAGAAAAACAAAAAAGGCAACGCUUUAGAACUAAGCCGACAAUUUCAAAGGAACCAACGAUCGAUCGAGCCAUCAAACUGAUUGAAAAGCGUCCAUUGCGGCGUGACAACCGAGAACGUAUUUAGGCAUUUGCAUAAAACCCCACGCCCCCAUACCCCACCAAUCAUUCACAAUGGACUCACGCAUCGGCCUGGAUUACAUUGUUGAGAAUCGUGAUUAUAUUUCAAAACUGGGCGCUGCCUUGGACACGCAGAAUGCAACAGUGAAGAAGCAAGUCUUCGAGCUACUCUCCGCUCUAUGCGCCUAUAAUUCGGAGGGAUAUGCACGCGCCAUCGAAACACUUGAGUUUUAUAAGAAUCUCAAAAAGGAGCGCUAUCGCUUUAAGAUCGUUAUCAAUGAACUGGAGCAGUCGGCCACACAAGUCGAGUAUCAGGUGGCACUAUUGGCCUUCAUAAAUUGCGUCCUUAUAUCGGCAGCCACGCUUCAGGAACGAAUACGCAUACGUAAUGAGUUCAUAGGCCUUAAAGUUCUGCCGCUGCUCAGCAACCUUAGAAAAGUCGCACAGAGUGUGGGCGAUAUCAUUGUACAAUUGGACGUAUUCGAGGAGCAGCGAGAAUGCGACGAGGCGCAAAGCCUGCAGGGCCCCGACGGCCUCAAUCUAAACUCACAUCUUGAUGUCUUCUAUGCAAUACUGCGACAGGUGGCUGACAAGCCGCAGGAGGUGCCUUUCCUCAACAUACUGCAGCACCUGUUGCGCAUCGAUCCCAAGGAUCCGGUUAGCGAUAUCAUAUGGGACACCACAGAGCGUUUGGUGCACCGCGCCACUCUGGUGGAGAAUCAUGAAGACUCGAAGCGCUUGCUGCGCACGCCCAGCACACAAAAAUUCACCUGCCCCGCCUGUCGAGGCGGUGGGGAUGCCAGCAGUCCCACACGCAAGCCUUCGGGGGUGCCCAGCACUUUGCCGAAUGGCGGUCCCUUGUCACCCACACCGCACUCAGCCAGAAAUAGUCAUGGUGGUGCUGAGGCAGCAGGAGUACCACCGCCGCCACCACCACCGGCGACAGUCACAGUCAAUGGGAUGGCACCCCUGCCACCGCCGCCGCCACCACCUAUGCACAAUGGCAAUGGCGCGCUACCGCCUCCGCCUCCACCUCCGAUGAGGGGACCACCCGCGCCCCCGCCUAAUGGCAAUUUCUUGCAGGCGGGUGGCGCAAACUCUGCCAGACCACGUACCCCGGAUCCGUCUCUGGGCGAGGCUGGGGCUGUUCUGUUACCCCAACAGGACACACCGGCCCCUUCCACCAGAAUGAAGACACUCAAUUGGCUCACAAUACCUCACAAGAAAGUGCUGGGUGGUGAGAAUAUUUGGACCACCAUGGCCACCGAUCAUCAGCAUAGUCCCAGAAAGGACAUCGAUUGGCGAGAGAUGGAGGAUUUGUUUUGCCUGCAGUCGACCAGUGCACAGGGCUCCCCCAAGUUGGGACGGGAAGGCAGUGCUGGCGGCGGUGGCGGUUCCGGCAGUGGUUACGACACCCUCGAUCGUAAAGUGAAAAAGGAAUCCGUUGAAAUCACGCUCCUCGACGGCAAGCGUAGUCUUAAUGUGAACAUUUUUUUGAAGCAGUUCCGCAGCUCCAACGAAGAUAUCAUACAAUUGAUACAACAGGGCGCUCACGAAGACAUUGGCGCGGAGAAGUUGCGGGGUCUGCUCAAGAUUCUGCCAGAAGUGGACGAGCUGGAUAUGCUGAAGUCCUUUAACGGUGACAAGGCGCGACUGGGCAAUGCCGAGAAGUUUCUGCUACAGCUGCUGGAGGUACCCAACUACAAACUUCGCAUUGAAAGCAUGCUAUUAAAGGAGGAAUUUGCGGCGAAUAUUGGGUACCUGGAGCCCUGCAUCAAUUCCAUGUUAUAUGCUGGUGAUGAUCUGCUCCAUAACAAGACACUGCAGGAGGUGCUUUAUAUGGUCGUCGUGGCCGGCAACUUUCUCAAUUCGGGCGGUUAUGCUGGCAAUGCAGCAGGCGUGAAACUAUCGUCUCUACAGAAACUUACAGAUAUUCGCGCAAACAAGCCGGGCAUGAAUCUCAUUCAUUUUGUGGCACUACAAGCAGAGCGUCGCAACCCCGAGCUUCUUAAAUUUACCACUCAACUGGGAGCGCUAGAGAAUGCCACCAAAACCACCUCGGAGCAAAUCAACAAUGAGAUAAACACGCUAGAUGGUCGAAUUCGCAAGAUCAAGCGGCAGAUCGAACUUCCAACCACGGACGCCGACAUCAAGCAACAAAUGCAUGAGUUCUUAGUGCGAGCUGAAACGGAAAUGUCCGUGCUUCAGGCUGGCAUGAAGGAGGUGGAAACCAUGCGUCUUAAGCUAGCGGAUUUCUUCUGCGAUGAUGCGGCCACAUUCCGUCUGGAGGAGUGCUUCAAGAUCUUCCAGAGUUUCUGUGAUAAGUUCAAGCAGGCAGUCAAGGAGAACGAGAGACGCCAACAGCUCGAGGAACAAGCAGCACUUCGUCGCAAGCAGCGCGAAGAGCAAUUGGCGCGCAGAAAUAGGCCAAUUGGUCAGGCCGGUACACCUGUCUCCGAUACAGAGCAUCCAUUUCCCACGGAUCAAUCAUUCAGUGGCGAUCCACGUGCCAGCCCCGCAUUGUCGCGUCGACGCAUGGGCUCCUUUAACAGUGGUUGCGAUGUCAACAGUGGGUUCAUACGCAUUGAGGCCCACGAUGGCAUGUCACCGGAUAUCACGCCCAAUGGUAGUUUGAGACGUCGACGUAGUCGCGUCCUUGCCGAGGAGGACGAUCUAAUGGAGUUCCUACGCAGCUCCACGGGCCCACACGAUGGGGCGCACAUAAGUCGCGAACGCAAAGCUGCUUACGGCAGUCUGGAUCGCUCCUGGGCGCGUCGAGCACGCUCUGGAAGUUCCAGUCGCAAACGACCGGAGCUAUUGAAUAUUGGCUUCGGGGUCGAUCGUGAGCGCGCUUGUUCACCUGCCCCUAUACUCCAGCAAGAGCGCAUGCAGUCACCUCUGGCUAGUAGUGGUGGCGGUACGCCCACAACACCAAACACUGGAGCACCAAAUUCCCAGCAACAGCAGCAACAACAACCCCAUGCAAACGAGGAUGCGAAACCGAGAAUAUCCCGUGAGUGGCGACAGAAAAUCGAAACAUGGCUGCAGUCGAACGAGAAUGAUAAAAAACAAAACGAGGAAUACGAUCGCAGGCGUCAGAAGGUCACGGCCAAUAGGCGAUCGCUCGAAAACGACACUGAAAACGAACGAAAACUGGAUCCAUUGCCAGAGGACAAGAUCAUGCCGAUGACAACGAUCAGUACUAAUCCAACUAACAGCAGCCAGCAUCAAAGAGAGGAUAAUUCAAAUCGAUACCAGCGUGUCUACUCUGACUGGAAGCCAUCAAAAACGCUGGAGCAAACCGAUGUUGUGGGUAACAUACAGGCUAUAGCAGAUGCCAGCAAUGCAGAUCGCGUGCAUAAACAGGCUGCUGCCUCAACAGAUUUGGCUAAGGCGCAACCUCACUUGACGACGGCCGAGGAGCUGCGUCAGUACCGCAGACAACGCUCUCAGGAGCAGAGUCCUAGUCCGUUGCAGUCCAUUGCCGAGGAGGAUCGUCGAAAGUCUAUCAUCCAGCAGUUGGGCGAACGCGAACCAAGCGAUCGACUUAAAAUUUAUGUGCGUCGUCCUUCAGCUAUGGACAUUCAAAUGGAGACGAAGCCAACAGAAGCACCUAGGGUUGAGCCAACUGUGACGGUGCCGCCCAAGUCCCCAGGGGCAAACAAACCGCAAGAUGAUACGUUUGCCAGCCUAUUGGAUCACCACAAGAGUCACAACGAGUCACAGUAUACAGCCACCUCUAAUCGUAAAGAGAUCGAUGCAGACAAUAUAGAGACACCGCCGGUGAGUCGACGAGUAAUUGCCACACCAAACACCACUGUGGUUACUGUGAGCAUGACGGACAAACCAAAGACAAGCAAUACGCCCACAACGGACAAGGCUUCCGGCGAACAGGACGCUCCUGGACAUUUUGAUCGCUACUCGAUGGCGCGUCGCACACGCCGCUACAAGCGACCCACAGACUACAGCAGUGGUAAUGAGGAAAUGACAAUUUCCCGCGACUCCAAGGAGACGGCUUCGCACAUAAGGCAGUCGGCCAGUGCCACCGAAAUACGCCGUCUGCUGAAGCACAAAGAUGAUGAGUCCAAGCAUAAGGAGAAAGAACCAAAGGAGGGCAGCAGGGACAAGGAAAAGACAAUCACCAAGUUGGAGAAGGUAGGUCGUCACAUAAGCUCCAUCAAUCAGGAAGAUGUCCGCGAGGCCAUACGCAAUCUCAAGUCCCCAACGGGUACUCCGGAACGGCCCUGGAGUCCGCCACGUGAGAUAACAGCUAGUGUAGGCACCAAACUCAAAGUCAACACUGGCCAUCACGAGCUCAACGAUGAAGGUUUUGAGGAAACUCAGAGUCUGGUCUCCGACACACCCUCCCACGGCAAGGAGGAGAGCACCAAUUCAUCAUGUAACGAGGCAAAUGAAGCACCUGUACGAGCCCGAGCCGGAAUUACGAAACAAAAGCCUGCCACGACGACCAUAACGGGGAUGAGCAGUCGUCUAGCAGAUCGUCUGCAAAAUGCGCGCUCACGAAACUCAACGACCACGUCACAACCAGCAAACAAGUCACAAAACCAAAUUCAAGCACCUGCUGUCCAAGCAACAACGGCACUAAAGCGCAGUCCUUCGGCUACACGAGCCGCCGCCACCCGUCCACUGCGCAUGCCCAACGGCAAUCCAUUACAAGCCGCUGCGAACUCACGCACCUCAUCACGGCAGCAGCAGCAAUCACCGAGUCACUUCCUGCCCGGCUAUUUGGCCGGCAAACGAGAUGUGGAGCGCAGCAGUUCACGCAACAGCUUGCGCUCUUCGCGCUCCUCCAUCAACAGUGGCGCCUCCACCAAUACGGUGGUGCGUCGACUUCCUACCGCCGCCGCCGCCUCCUCCACCUCGAAUGGACCUGCUGUGAUUGUGCACAAGCCAUCAGCACUGCACACAGUCUCUGUGGACUCAUCGCCCAGCAAACGACCGUUGACUGCUCAAAAUGCUCGGCGACCUGGUGGCGGGAGCGGUGUGCCCGCCAGUCGCAGCAGCUCCAGUGGCUCCAGCGUUGGUCCCAGCGUCAUACUUGUGCGUGGAAAAGGCAUGCCAACCAGCAGCAAUCACCACACAAGUCAGCGUUUCGCUUCCAGCAAUCUGGGCAACAGCACCAGCUUCAAAGAGAAUCAAACCAGUCAGACUGCCACGUCGCGUCUCAGUGCCGCCCGCAGUGCCAUGCUCGUGAAGACCGCCAUGUCGCAGCUGCCGCAAUCCAAGAGUCCUCAGCAGCGCAGCAUUAGCGCCAGCCGUGGCGCUACCGUCAGCAGUUUUAUGCGCCCAACGGCGAGCAGCACCACCAAGCGCAGCAAAUAGCCAGGCCAAUCAGCCAGUUGUAUAGCAUCUAAGCGUCCAAGUUAACGUCCCAAGUUUACAAAAUGAGAGCAACAGAAACUCAGUAGUAGUUACAAAGAAAGCAACAUUUUUUCAGCAUCUAAUCUAAGCCGUCCAGUUCAGUGAAUGUAGAUCGACAAAAGCAAAUACAACAAAAUCAAUUUCGAAUUUCUAAGCACUUGUUAAGAUAUGGUUGGACAAGUUAAUAGUUUACACACAAAUUCGUUUAAUUUCUUUUGAGAAUGCUCUGUAUUCUUUUUCGUAUUCGGGAAUCGAAAACUGCACUUAAGUCCGAAAAAUGAGUCAGUUUUUCGGUUUUAAAAUUUACUUUUGUAUCACAAUCCGCGAUUUUUCCAAAUCCAAUUAACAAUUGAAAUUUCGCAUAAUUAUUAUUUUUCUCAGUCAGUAGACACUU